AUGCUCUUCUGUGCCCGCCGCCUUCUUGCGGAGGUGACGACCAUCAACAGCAGCACCGCCUCGGCCAGCGGGCGUCUCAUUCGCAUCCGCAAGAAAUCCAAGUGGAUCGACCGGCGCAGCAAGCGUAUUCCGCACGGUGGGAAGGAUGUUUGGCUCUUUGGCGAGCAGCCGAGCUGUGCGCUCUGCCACGUGCGGUUCCGCUUCAAGCAGGACUACGAGGCGCACAAGGAGAGUGAGCUGCACCAAAACCGGGUGCGAUGGGUGGAGACAAUGAAGUGGUGGAGCGAGGUCGGCGAGCCGCAGCACCUGCAGCACCACGCGGCGGAGUGGGAGUGGUUUGAGCAGCACGUGCUUCCGAAGAAGGCGGCUGCCAUGGGAGUUCCUCUCGAGGAGGCGGCGCGACACUUUCGUCGUGCGACGAUGCUGGAGACCCCAAACUGGCACGGCCGGCUGCAGCCGCCCAGCGCACGCUCAGAGAUCAAGGAGCCUCGGGAUCAGCGCUGGCCGGCGUCGCCAAAGUGGUAG